AUGGUCAAUGUGGUCUCCUGUCUACCCUACCUCUCCUGGUCACAACACCCCAAGGAACAUCCUCUUCCUUCUCACAUUCAGUCUUCCAGUGUAGCUACACCGUGUGGCAACUUGGAACUUCUGUGCUGUCAGCCCCAGCACCGUGAUCCGAAAACACCGCCGUUGAUCUUUGUCCAUGGCGGCUUCGGCUUCGCAGCUGUCUGGCUUGAUUGGAUGACGUAUCUCUAUGAGCGAGGCUACGCUGCGACCAUGUAUGCCUAUAGCGCGCGAAGCCACGGCGCAAGUUAUGCAGUGCCAUACCUUCAGAUGGCCUGGGGGACAUCUCUCGAUGAUUUCGCCAGCGACUUGGCGACUGUCGUCAAGACCAUCACAACUCACCUCGAAGACGAGAAGGAACCGAUUCUGAUAGCUCAUUCCGCGGGCGGAGCACUCGUGCAGUACGCUCUCACAAACGGCAUGAUUACCGCCACUGCGUUUUGCUUGGUAGGAUCGGUCCCACAUUUCGGCGGGCUCGAUGCAUAUUGGAAUUGGUCGAAAAUGGAUCCCUGGAUGCACCCUCGUUCAUGGAUCCUCGGCCUUCACCCGAUGAGUGGACUUGCCCAUCCAAAGCUCGUCCGUCAGAUGUUCUUUUCGGACAGGUUUCCCAUGGACAAGGUGGUAGACUUCAUGCACUGGAUGGCACCCUACGAGAGUCUGGGGUGGGCCGGCGGCCAGAAUGGCUCGUUUUGGAAGUGGUUAAUGGGGAAGAAUGAAUGGCUAGAACCCAUGCGCAUCCUAAAAGCAGUGACCGGGUGGGACAGACGCGGCGAUCGAGUCUGUGUCAUGGUCGGUAGUCAAGACCGGAUGAUGGAUUUAAACAUGGCUCGAAGACAAGUGAGCGAAUUUCGAGCAGCGGUCAGAGCUAUGGCGUUGGAGUCUUCGGCGAGUCAAGGCAGCCGUGGAGCUGACGCGGACGCAAAGGAGAGUACUCACGAAGAGGAUAUACCAGAAGUCGAGGCUGAAAGCUUGGAAAGGGUCCGGCUCGUUGUCGUACAAGGCGCCGGUCAUCAUACCCAGAAUGAUGUACAACGGCAGGCUGCCGCGGAAGCAAUCUGGCAGUGGCUUGAGCAGUUGUGA